UGCCGGCGGCCGCGCGCUCACUCCGCUGCAGACCCGGGACCUGCGCCGCCUUCCGCAUUCUUGGAUUAAUUGUCGUGGGGAUUUUGCAAUCUUCUUCUUUUUUUGUUUUUCCUUUGCCUUUUUCUUGGGAAGGGAAGCCCCGCCGCCGCCGGAAGACCUGGGACGCUUCUGAUCGCACGGGAAGGUGUUUUUCCUUUGGGGUCGGAUCUGCGCGCCUGCUCUGCCCUCGGGGACCUGCCGCGGGGGUCCGCUGUGGCGUGUGACUGCAUCAUGACGCUGGAAGAGCUGGUGGCGAGCGACAACGCGGCACAGAGGAUGCAGGCGGUGACGGCCGCCGUGGAGCAGCUGCUGGUGGCCGCGCAGCGUCAGGAUCGCCUCACCGUGGGGGUGUACGAGGCGGCCAAGCUGAUGAAUGUGGACCCCGACAGCGUGGUGCUGUGCCUCCUGGCCAUAGACGAGGAGGAGGAGGACGACAUCGCCCUGCAGAUCCACUUCACCCUGAUCCAGUCCUUCUGCUGCGACAACGACAUCGACAUCGUCCGCGUGUCCGGCAUGCAGCGCCUGGCGCAGCUCCUGGGGGAGCCGGCGGAGACGCUGGGCACCACCGAGGCGCGAGACCUGCACUGCCUCCUGGUCACGAACCGUCACACAGAUACCUGGAAAAGCCAAGGCUUGGUGGAGGUGGCCAGUUACUGUGAGGAGAGCCGGGGCAAUAACCAGUGGGUCCCCUAUAUCUCCUUGGAGGAACGCUGAGGCCCUCUCCAGACAUCUAAAGCAACUGUUGAGCUGCUGUCCCGUAAAAAAAAA